AUGACAGACCGCGAGGGCCACAGGCUAGGGGGCCUGUCGUGGAGGCGGGAAGGCAUAGACAGCGAAAUGCGGCCGCCGGGAAGGCGCAACGAGAGCAGCGGAGGCUUUUCUGCCACCCCGCUCAUGAGCAGCAACAGCAACAACAGAAGCAAUGACUUCAGCAGACGGGCGGCACCUGCAUCUCACGGUUCCUUUGGUUCAGACACUUGUAGCGGCUUCGGGGCAUUCCGCAUGGGAGGCGUCCACAAAACAGCGCAGAGGGGGACACCCCCUCAGCUUACAACGUCCAACCCAAACACCGCAGCAACAGCACCUCCUGCUUCCGCUGCGAGUGCUAACAUGCAGCAGCAGCAGCAACGCAAGGGCCACAGCGCGGCUCCUGUAGGUGGCCCUGUCUCUCGUGGAAGCUUUUCCGUCUUGAGGCAGCCCGCUGUGCAUGCAGCGCAUGCAGAGGGUCCUGUAAGCCCCAGCAGCAGAGCAGGUGCGGCUUCGGGUCGCCGUGGAGGGGAAGCUCAACAGAGCCCGAGGGGGUUUGCUGCAUUCCGCAGGGGCGACAGCAACAGCAACAGCAACAGCAGCAGCAGCAGCAGCGGCAACCGUGCCGCACACGUUAACAAUCUAUCAAAUUCCCCGGGAAGUCCACCAGAGGGUGCAGGGGACAAAGCGGCUGGAACAGCGGCAGCGGGAGCAGCGUCAGGAACGGCAGGAGGAGCCGAUGUGGCAGCGGGCGUUCAGCUGUGGCGUCCCCGUCGUGCGUUAACGCGGGAGGAGGAGUUGAAUCGUAACGUGAAGUCUUUGUUGAACAAACUAACCAUAGAGAAAUUUGGGGUAAUCGCGGAAAAACUUGCACAGAUACUGGAAAAAAGCUUAAACUGCCAAGCAGAAAUUCGUAUUCAAGUUGAUGCCAUCAUCGACAAAGCCGUCACUGAACCUGACUGGUCCGAGAUGUACGCCGACCUCUGUCAGUUGUUGCAGUGGAGAAGCGUGGCGCCUGAAGGAGACCCGGAGACGAUUCGCCGGACCCCCUUCAUGUUGGGUUUGCUGACGCGGAUUCAGCAGGAGUUCGAAGCCAUGCCUGCGGCGUUACAGCAUGAAGUGGAGGGAGAAGCGGAGGAAGCGCUGCAGGAGGAGGUGCGGCUGAAACGUCGCGUUUUGGGGGUGGUUAAACUGAUAGGAGAGCUAUUUCACCGAAAGUUAUUGGGUUUCAAGAUCGUUAAUGAUGUGGUAGUUGAACUGGUUAUGAGAAGUGAUGAACCCGACGAGUAUCUCGUCGAAUGCUUCCUGCAACUCAUUGCAACUGUUGGGUACUUCAUUGACCAAAACCCCAAGAUGAAAGUGGUAUUGGAUUCGUGGUUUGGUCGUCUCAAGGAGCUGCAGAAUAAAAAUUACUCGAAGCGACUCAAAUGUGUUAUUCAGGACACCUUCGACAUGCGCAGAGCAGAGUGGCGAAAGAAAAUUCACAGGGAAAGAGCUAAAGCCCUCAACGACCUCCACGAUCAACUGGAAACAGAAGAAGUCUUGGGAGGGGCUGUGCAUGCAGCGCAGUAUGGCAAUAUCAUCGUGGUUGGAGAGAGGACAAAUUUG